UUUUUUUUUUUACUGCGUUUUCUUUUAUUUAUUUCUAUUUGGAAAUGAGAACGAUAUUAUUCCUGCUGCACGCCAUCUCAUGCUGCUGGUUGGUCAGUGCCACACUUUCAAAAACUGAUGCAAAGAAGUCGCAUAAAGCUGAGGCCGAGGCAUCUCCAGCUGAGCUGUCUGUGUUGGAGAGAGGCCUUGUUGUGUCCGAUCCGCACUGGAAAGACAUAGUGAAGGAGGAAAAGAGACACUGUUCUCACAUCAAGAAGACAUUUCAAGGGCAAGUGCUUGGAUAUGUCACACCUUGGAAUUCCCACGGCUAUGACAUUGCCAAGACCUUUGGCUCUAAACUAACUUCAGUGUCUCCAGUGUGGCUUCAGCUCCGCCGACGAGGACCUGAAACCUUUGAUGUUACUGGACUCCACGAUCAUGACCCAGGCUGGGUCAAAGCUGUACGCAAGUCUAACAAAAAAGUCAGGAUGGUGCCUCGGCUGUUAUUCGAUGGCUGGUCUUACCAGGACUACAUAAGCGUGAUGGGGAGUGAAGAUGAAAUUGAAGAGCUGGGAAGUGAGCUGGUGGAUGUCGCAAAGACUGAAGGUUUCGAUGGUUUCACCUUGGAGCUGUGGAGCCAGCUGGGAGGGAACAAAAGAAAGGAGCUGGUCCAUAUGGUGAAACACAUAUGUGAGACUUUGAAGGCUAAAAGACUGGACUGCAUUCUCGUCAUUCCACCUGCUGUGACAAGUACGGGGCAGCCAGGUAUGUUUGGCAGGGAGGAGUUUGAGCAGUUAGCCCCUGUGGUCGAUGGUUUCAGCCUCAUGACAUACGACUACUCCAGCGGUGCCAGACCGGGCCCGAGCUCUCCGCUGCCCUGGGUGAGAGACUGUGUUCUCCAGCUUGCACCCACCACUCAGUGGAGGCAAAAGAUCCUGCUUGGACUCAAUUUGUAUGGCCUCGAUUUUGCAAGCCAGGGAACGGAGCCGAUCCUGGGAGGAAGGUACAUUGAGAUUUUGCGAGAACACAAGCCAAAACAUCUGUGGGAUGAAUAUUCUGGAGAGCACUAUUUCAGUUACAAGAGGAACAAUGCUGUUAAACAUGUGGUGUACUAUCCAUCAUUGAAGUCAAUCUACCUAAGGAUCUCCUUGGCUACUGAACUGGGAACAGGAAUUUCCUUAUGGGAAUUAGGACAAGGACUGGACUAUUUCUAUGAUCUCCUAUGAGAGUUGGAUAGUGAAGACUGUGAAUCAUCAGCACAUGACUUUUUUUUGUUUUCCUGAACAUGGUGCACCAAAAAUUCAAGAGCUGUAUGCAGGUAUUAUUUUUGUUUUUUAAUUUCUGAGUAAGUGACAGGGAACUAUGAAACAAGCCGUUGACAGGAUUUAGUUAAUAGUAAACUUGUUUGAGGAUCAUGAUAGUCUUAGGGAAUCUUGUCUACAUGAACCAAUCUGUGAUUUGUUGAUUAAAAACGAUACUAGCUGCAGACAUUAGGUACUUCAGUAUGUUGGGAGAAAAAAAACAAAUUGUACAGUUCAGUCAGAGUGCAGUAACACAUCUCCAUUCAUCAUCAUUAUGUGUAUAAAGUUUAAAUGAAGGGUUAUAUUCUUGUUCUGAGGCCUUCAAAGUUUACAUGCCACAAACAUCUGCAGCUUCUCUUCAGUCCAAACAGACAUCUUCAGUUGAUCUUUCUCUGGCUUUGAAUAUCCUCAAAACUGCAUCUGCUCCUGACACAACAAUGUUUCUCAUCUCGCAGUUUUUUUUUUACAUUUCAAAUCAAGACAUUUGAUUGUGUGGAAUUUUUAUUAUGUUUAUGAUAACAGCAUUGACAAGUAAUGACGUUGUAUUUACAGUGUUGCCAAGCAUCUGUUCUGACCCAGCAUCUUCCAAUAUUUGUCUGAGAUGAAUGUUUGUUUAAUUACAUGAAUAUAAAUGUGGAACAACUAA